AUGCCGCUGCCCCGACUGCUGUUUCUGCUCUGGGUCUGCGAGUGGGCACCUGGAAACCACUUUCUUCUCCCUAUGGUGUCCACGGUUACCUGCGAGACACAAAAGCUGGAACUGAAGUCCAGCCUAGUGAAAGUGCAGGAGGGUCUGUGUGUCCUCGUGCCCUGCACAUUCUUUGAACAGUCUGGGAACCGAAGCUCAGACAUGGUCUUUGGCUACUGGUUCAGAGCAGGGGCAAAUACAGACCAUGAAUCGCCCGUGGCUACAAACAACCCAAAUCAACCAGUGAAGAAUCAGGGCAAGUUCCAUCUCUCCGGGAACCCAAGGAACAAUGAUUGCUCGCUGGACAUCAGAGAUGUGAAGAGGACCGACAGCGGUUCUUACUUCUUCAGGAUGGAAAAAGACUCCUUUAAGUGGAAUUACUAUAUGAAUCAGCUCUCUGUGCAGGUGACAGCCCUCACUCACAUCCCCAACAUCGACAUUCCACAAACGCUGAAGCUUGGCCUGCCUAACAACGUGACGUGCUCUGUGCCCUGGGCCUGUGAGCGAGGGACGCCUCCCAUCUUCUCCUGGAUGACAACUGCCCUAGCAUCCCUGGGCCCCAGGACCACCCUCUCCUCAGUGCUGACCCUCACACCCAGGUUCCAGGACCAUGGCACUAACCUUAUCUGCCAAGUGGCCUUCCCUGGAGUCGGUGUGACUGUUCAAAAGACUGUCCAGAUCAAUGUCUCCUAUACUAUACAGAACGCCACAACCCAUGGCCCUGGAGGAGCUGGUCCAGGGAUAUCAGGGCCCCUGGCAGAGGUGGUUCUCGUGGCCAUCGGAGAGGCAACUAUCAAAUUCCUGCUUCUUGGGAUCUGCUUCUUCUUCCUAAGCAUAAUAGCCCAGAGGAAGAAAGUAGAGAGGCCAGCAACACAGGGGGACUACGCAGAAACUGCCAUGGAUUAGUCUCUCAGGGAUUUCUUAGGAAAAUAGAUCGUAAAAGGGCCACUGAGGACUGCUGCAAGAGUUACAGACAUUGGGCUAGAGAAUACCAACUAAGAAGAAAGCCCAGCUCCACACAUAAGAGGCUGCCGAUCUUGAGUCCCAGUUGAGGGCAGGCAAAGGGAGCCUGUCUCAGAGUAAGAUGCUGCCAUCCUUCAGAUCCCAGCUCCAAAGACUGAGACAGGCUUGAGAGUUCCUAAGCACAGCUAGGUAUUUCUGCUUCUGGACGCCAGAGUCUGUGGAAAUAGCAAGGGCUCUCUUUACGCACCAGCACAAAGAGGGGCACUCAUUGAGCCCCAAACCUGAACUGAGACCUAACAAAAAGCAUUUGAGACGUAUGAAACAUUCCUGAUGUCUGCUACAGCCCUAGCCCUUCCA